AUGCCUAGUAUAGCGGCUGUCGCUCCUUUGCCCGUCGACCCCGAUCGAGACGUCGAAGCAACGCGCUCGUCUCUAGAGGAGCCGCGCAACCAAGACCACCGUCACGCACCGGUAUUUGAAGAGGACGACGACGGCGACACAAAAGAUACGGCCAUCACAACUACGACCGAGCUUCCACUGCCAGCCUUUCUCGCGGCACCCAGCAAUCGCGUCCGCCGCCGGUCCGAGCUGGCCUUUGCGCGUCAUGGCCAUGGCAAACUCGCCGACGUACCCAUGCCCCCCGCGUUUGAACUGUCAGGCAUGCCUACACCUAUCGCGGAAGACGCUAUGUUUGCCGUACAACCUCUCGGAAUGCAAACGCCCGCGGUCGAACCGUCGCGCGCGCCGUCCUUGAACUAUGCCGACUCCGUGCCGCUCACUCGCGAGACACGCACUCCUACACAAAAGCGGCUCGGAUGGCUGCAUUUCGGCGUCCUUUGCUGGGCAUUCUUCGUCGAAGGAUGGAACGACGGUACGACGGGUCCUUUAUUACCUCGUUUCCAGGCAUAUUACGGCAUCGGAUUUGUCACGGUAUCAACGAUCUUUAUCAUGAACGCUGUGGGCUUCAUCGCCGGUGCUUUCCUCAUUGUCCCGCUCGAGGCAAAGUUCGGCUUCGGCACUGUCAUUGUCAUGGGUGCAACUGUGCAGAUGCUAGCUUACGCACUUGAGGCGCCAGGAGGCCCGUUUCCUCUGUUUAUCGUCGCAUUCGGUUUCAUUGGGUUUGGACUUGCUUUACAGAAUGCCCUCGGCAAUGCUUACGUCGGAAGUGUGAAGUUCGGGAAAGCUUGGAUGCUCGGUGUUCUUCACGGCACCUACGGUGUUGGGGCAUUCUUGGCUCCUCUGGCUGCGACUUACUUCUCGCAACAACGCCACUGGUCUUACCAUUAUCUCAUCUCUCUGAGCUUUGCCCUCAUAAACGUUCUUGCCCUCUGCGCCGUCUUCCGCUUCCGUCGUCAAGAUGUACUCAUGGCUGAAGCCGGACAGCACGACAUCGGUACCGAACCUCAUCAAGAGGAGAGCAAUGCGAACAAGUACCGCGCCAUGCUUGGCAUCCGCACUGUGUACUAUCUAAUCGCAUUUGCUAUCAUCUACAUCGGUAUCGAGGCCUCGCUUGGAGGUUGGAUUGUCACUUUCAUUCAGCGCGAGCGUGGUGGUGGUGCCAGUUCUGGUUACAUCUCAUCGGGUUUCUUUGGUGGAUUGGCUUUAGGUCGUGUAGCACUGCUCCAGCUUAAUAAGCUCAUUGGCGAGACGCGUGCAUUGACGGUCUAUGCUGUGCUCUGCAUAGGGCUGGAGGUUACUGUCUGGGUUGUCCCUUCGCUCAUCGAAAACGCCGUUGCCGUAUCAGCAAUCGGAAUGAUGUUCGGGCCCAUGUACCCCAUCCUCGUGAACCACUCAUCGAAGAUUCUUCCGCGGGGCCUGUUGAGCUUUGCGCUGGGCUUGAUCACUGGUCUUGGUCAAGUCGGCUCUGCCCUUUUGCCCUUCUUCACGGGUCUUCUUGCUGCUCGCUUCGGUAUCAGCUCUCUUCAGCCUCUGGUUGUAUCCAUGAUGAGUGUGAUGACCAUUCUGUGGCUACUCGUCCCGAAGAGUCCCCGCCGUAUCGAUUGA